GCAUAUUCGCACAUGCGCGUUGGGCAAUCUACCGUAGCGCGAGGUAGGGUAGCAGUCCUAAUGGCGGAGAACGUACGGUCGCCUUUUGACUACCGGGAGCCACCGACCCUCGACAGCGACGGGGAUGGAAGCAAGCCGCCGCCGCCCCGCGGGACCUCUGGUGGGUUUUGUAGGCGUGUCUGCGGGAGGAAGAGGAAAGGCACGCCUGUGAAGGUGUGUGACCGGGCCUAUGUCACAGAGGAUGAAGAGGAGGAGAGCUUGUCUGAGCACAGCUAUAGUCCAGGGGAUGGGCAGUAUCCAGAGGGAGCGGAGGACAGACUGCCCCCACCUGGAAGCCCUUACUACCUGGCUGAUCCCACCCAGCUCUGUGUGUCUGAGCUGGGAGAGGAGGGCGCGAGCGGGGUCCGGGGUCCGGUUCUCUUCCACGCCACGCCCAACUGCAGGAUCCGCGAGGUGCAUUGUGGGAGCCAGGUGCGAUUGGUCGUCAUAGCGAUCCGCGACAUCGCCAAGGGGGAGGAGAUCACCGUGGACUACAGCCUGACGGACUGGGGAGAGAACAACAUGGAAGAGGAACCAGGGCCCCACCCUCUGUCUCUGUCCGACUACCUCACGCCAUCCUGGUCUCUGUCCCCCUCCUCCUCUCCGCUCACCCACUCUGAGCCCAGCGACUCGGACCGCGAGGAGGAUGAGGAGGAGGAGGAAGACGAUGACGACGACGACGAGGAGGAGGACAUGGAGGAGCUGCGGGGCCGCAUGCUCCGCCGCCGGAAGAAGCGCAAAAUGGCAGCCGCCGUCGCCGGCACCAAGAAGAAGAGCACCGCAGGCCCCAGGUCGGUACCCGGGCGCCCCUGCUCGUCCUCCUUCUCACGCCUGGCGUCCGCCUCCUCCUCAGUGCCCGCCCGGACCCCGGGGCAGCCCAGCGCCCUGGCGCCGCAGCCCACCACCAACAUCAACAACAACAUCAACAUCAACAUCGGCGGUUCCGGCGCGGCCACGGUCAGCAGGAGGCAGCGUUGCCCGUACUGUGGCCGCCACUACCGCUCGCUGGCGCGCCACCUGGAGAAGCACCACGCCAACCAGCCCGAGGUCAGGGCCGCCAUGGAGCUGGCCGCGCUCCGCACACACACCACCUCCGCCUCGUCCCGCCCUCACCCCUCCCCUGUGCAAGGCCACACCUUCGCCUCUCCGCAGCCCUCCUCCUCCGCCACGGCCACCGCCCCGCCCCCUUUCUUCUCCAGGGAGAGGGAGGCGCCGGCCACUCGGAGUUCCUCGGGGGCGGUGUCCUUCUCGCUCUCGCUCUCCCCGCCCCCGGCUGCUCAGUCGACCGCGGCCAACAAAAGCGCCGGCGUAUCGGCGCCGACUCCAAAGCGAAACUCCGCCCCUGCGGCGCCGCCGGUGAAAAGCCCGCCGGCGCCUGCGCCGCCCAGGAGGGGCCGCAGGCCAAAGAGGGAAAAGGAGGAGCAGCCGAAAUUGGAGGAGUGUGUAAGGAGCAAGGAGGAAGAGAUGCCUCCGCCACCAACCCCCGAGCCGGAGGAGCCUGAGGAGGAGCCGGAGCUGAGUGGGGCGGAGGAGGAGGAGAGUCCAGAGGAUAAGACGACACCAGUGUCUAGACAGACAUCUCUCUCUCCUCUCUCUCCCAGCUCCCACAGGCACCACAUGCCUCCGCUCCUCUCCUCCCUCUCCUGUCUGGUGCUCUACCUCCGACGCCAGCAGCACUCCUCCUUCCUCUCCCUGUCCCGCUCCCCCAGUUCGGCCGAGGCCUGGCGCCUCCUCUGCCACUCCACGCUGGCGCUCCUCAUCCUCUACAACCGGAACCGCGAGUGCGAGGUGGCCAAGCUCACCACCCAGGACUACCGCAACCGCACCACCCCCCCGAGCCCGGCGCCGGCCCAGGCUAACCCCCUCGCGGGCUCAGAGGCCUCCCUGUCCCCGUUCGAGCGCCAGGUCCUCUGCCACCUUCCGAGGGCGGGGGUCCUGGGGAAGCGGGGGCGCGUCCAGACCCUCAUCCUCCCGCCGCACUGCGAGCCCUGCCUGGAGCUCCUCCUGCAGACCUCCACCAACGUGGGCGUGGACCCCCACAGCCCCUACGUCUUCUCCCGGCCCUUCCACUCGCCCGCCACCCCCCUCCGCGGCACGGACCUGCUGCGGAACCUGGCGCGGGCCAGCGGCGCCAAGAACCCGGGGGCGCUGACCCAGACCCGGGCACGCCGGCAGGUGGCCAUCCUCACCCAGCUGCUGCUCCUGGAGGAGGGGGAGGGGCAGGGCAAGCCGGGCGGGGCGGCCGCCAAGCGCCUGGAGGACUUCCUGCAGAAGGAGUACCACGUGACCCAGAGCUGCUCCACGAUUGGCCGGGACCCGGCGCUGAUGGGCCGCGUGGGCAGGGUGGUUCUGUAUGGGGAGCGGGAGGGCGUGCUGUUCAGGGGGAUGACCCUUCAGCACAUCUGCCUGGAGCUGGACGUGAUGUCUGGGAAUUCCGCAGACUCCUUCUCGGAUGACACGGACGGGGAGGCGGAGAAGCUCAAGGAGAAGGAGAAGGUGGAGGUGGAGGUGGUGAAGAAGAGACCGGGCCGACCUCCCCGCAAGAAGGUGCCCCCGCCCUCCUCAGUCAACCCGCUGCUGCCUGGGGCCCACAAGAGGAAAAACAUCCAGCCCAAAUCAGGGAAGCGCGGCGUGCUGAAACGGCCCUGGUCCGAGGCCGAGCGCGUCGCCGUGGAGACCCACCUGAAGCGGAACAUCAUGGAGCUGCGUGUGCCGGCCAAGGCGGACUGCGAGCGAUGCCUGCAACUCUGCCCCCUGCUGGUCAGCAACCAGCGCGACUGGAGGGCCAUCAAGUUCUACUGCCACAACCGUAUCCAGCUGCUGAAGAAGCAGGGCAGGAGGGAGCACGCAAUACAGGGGGCGCUCUGAGAGGGGGAGAGAAGGAGGAGUGGGGGAGACGGGGAGAGAGAGGCAGGGAGAGAAGUGGGGACAGAGAAAGAAGGAAGGAAGGAAGGAUGUGAGAUUGAGAACUGACUUCUACAAUCUGGAGGGACCCGAUUCUGGUACCAGAGAAGAAUCUGCCGGUCUGAUAGUUUUCCACCAUGUUGACCGUCUUCAAGCCCUGUACCUGGGUCGUGCAGGUGACCAGGUGUUCUCAGAGAAGGUCUUGAAAAGGAACGCGGGUCACUAAAAUGCUCCCCGUGGUCCCUGCAAUUCCCAUGGCACUUAUUGUUGGGAGUACGGGAGUUAAGCCUGGUGUCCAGGCUACAUUUCCAAGCCGGGUUACCAUGGACACCUAACAAUGCGCAGCUUCCAAUUGGCUCCCAUCCCUCGUAAAACGCUGUUAUUAGUACCAUAGAUACUAAAUGAAGGUGGUCAGUAUGUAUUUACGCCUCUCCAGAUAAGAGCAUCAGUGGAAAACAACACGAGAAAACCACAAAUGUUACAACCUGUUUUGCGACUUAAAAAACGCCCAGGAGUGAAAGUGUCUCAUGAGGUUUCCUAAAUAACUGUCUAAUAACCCCCCCAACCCCCCCCCCCGGUUAGACAAAGUUACAUUUCUAUUCUCAGUGCCUAGGACCAAUUAUUCAUUCUGAGGGGUUUUGUGAAUAAUGGCCCUGGUAUUGAGAAACACUACUCCUAGACAUGCAGGAGAUGAGAGGACCUGAGUUUUAAAUUCAAAGCAACGGGGCAUGAAGGACGAGGAACUGAGAAUAUGAGUUGAAAGGCAAUGGAGGAUGUUUUGAACUGUCAAAAUCCACCUCGACUGAAAGCUGAGAACCAAACGUCAAGUGUUCGGUUUGCUUUACGGGGACGUAGGCAGGAGCAUUUGGUUCUAUUCCAUAAAAAAAA